AUGGCUUCUGAACGCCACGAUACUGCCGCCUCCGCUGCUACAGCGGCAGGCCCAGACGCCGCAGCUGUCGCUCCACCCUCGCCCAGUAUUCCCUCUCGUCGCCCUUCGACUUCGGCGAGCAGGAUAAGCCGGACUGUCUCCUUCGACCAGGUCAAUCUCGACGCCAUCCAGCACACGUCUUCUCACCCUCAACCGCCGGUCCAUCGCCCAAGCGCCAAUACGAACGACCGCAUCAGCAACAUACUAGAGGACGCACGAAAUCGCAGCGAGACAAUGUCGAGCCCAGAGCAUCGCAGGAUCCUCGAGUCCGACCGCGAAGAUGAGGGACAGAGCAGCGCCGACGAGCGGACUGGCAUCUUCACACGCGGCGCCGAUCGGAACUAUCAGUCCAUCAGCCCCAUGACCGCCACGCCCGUGCUGGGACCGCGGGACGCGGACGCCACCACGGCCGACACCCCCGAAGUGAGCAAUACAUCGGCGAGGAGAGCGCGGAAGCCGGAAAAGAAAUCAACGUGGCACGGUGGGCUCUUCUCCCACUUUCAGAGCAUCGAGCUCGAGAACAAGGGCAGCGUCGCUCGCGAUCACCUAGCUCUAGAGCGUACCUUUCUCGCCUGGCUGCGUACAUCACUUGCCUUCGCCUCUAUAGGCAUCGCCGUAACGCAACUCUUCCGUCUCAACACAUCUUUGCCCAACAGCUCGGGCGACAAGGAGGAUGCUGCCUCAGUGACGCUGCGGCGCCUGGGUAAGCCCCUCGGCGCCACGUUCCUUGGGAUCAGCAUCGUGAUCCUUUUCCUGGGCUAUCACCGCUACUUCCACGUGCAGCGAUGGAUCAUUGCGGGCAAGUUCCCCGCCAGUCGUGGAACCAUCAUCGCUGUCGCCUUUGUAGCGUUUGCCGUCAUGAUUGCGAGUUUGAUUGUCGUCAUCGUAGUGCAUCCGCGGUCGCAGGCGUAG